AUGAAGGCUCUGGCUGUGCUGGUGAAGUUACUCUCACCCACCUAUCAGUGUAUGGUUCGGGAAUGUGAGACAGCCCUUGAGUCUUGGGAGGUAUUGCAGACAUUCUUCGCGAAGAAGAACCUCCACAAUCGGGUGCAACUUCGGAAACAACUACAUGAAUUUGUGAUGGAAACUGGUACGAGUCUAAUGGACCACCUACUGAAGUUUGAUGAGCUUUGUUUGAAGCUCAGGGCUGCUGGUGACAGCAUGGAUGAUGAUGAGAAGCUAGUACUUCUCUUGGGGAGCUUAUCAUCUGAAUAUGAUGAUAUGGUGCGCAUAAUUGAGGCGCACAGCAACGUGACGCUGUUGGACGCAAAAGAGAUGCUCCGGCGGGAGUAUGACACGCUACAGAAACGUGAUAAGAAGGAAACUGCUUUUAAAGCACACGCACAACCCAAUGUGAAUCGACGCUUUCAAGGAAACCGAGGACACCAUGGCCGUCAGAACGAUAAAGAUCGAAACCAAGCUUUCAGACGAAGGAACGACAACGCAAGAUUUCAAGGCAAGCGUUUUACUUGUGGAAAACAUGGUCACAAGAGUUCGCAGUGUCACAGCGUGAAACAGUCAAGAUCUGGCGAUGAAUUUGUUUUCUCAGCAUCAAGCGAGAAAUUGGAGUCAAGUGCAACUUGGCUGCUGGAUAGUGGUGCAAGCCGUCACAUGACUGAUGACGAGCGUGAUUUUGUGGAGUAUGAAAAUCUGACUACCCCAAUUAGCAUCACAGUCGCUAAUGGACAGCAUCUGAUGGCGAAAGGAACGGGGUCGGUGCGAUUUGUACUGGAAAAUGGCCGCACAGUUAUGCUGAAGAAAGUUCUUCAUGUGCCUAAAUCGGACAAGAAAGUUGUAUCUGUACCAGCACUGACAGCCCGAGGUGUGCUUGUGCAGUUCAAGCGUAAUCAAGCAGUCCUAACAUCCAAUGGGAUUACGGUAGCAGUGAUAAUCGAGUGGGAAAAUUGUUUGCGUGGAAUGUGA